AUGUUCAAAAUCAAAAUCUCGUAUUUGCAACAAAAAGAGCUAAUAUUAAAGGCGGUGUCAAGUGAUGGCUAUUUCAGUAAAUUAGGACAUAUUUGGCAAACACUGGAAACCGGAGUUAAUUAUCCGGUUUUGCAUUAUUUGCCUUUAAAUGACUUCAAUGACUGCAAUGACAUUGAAAUGAAUGCAAAACUUGGGAAAGAAUUUACAUCUUCUCAAGUGCUUUACGAAGAGAUUGAAAGCAUUGAAAUACCAGUGAUUGUAAGCAAUGUUCACACGAAUGGCACAAAAUCACAUUCAAACGGUACGGCACUAACGGGAGGACCAAAUUGUGCGCAAAUUUUUGUUGGAUUCAAAACAGUUGACAAAACAUUCAAUACAUUAUUGGAAGAGAAUUGGAAGGACUGGACGGGCGCUCGUAAUCUGUAUCUCAAUUUGUCGUCCGAUUUCGGACUUCUCAAGAUAUGUCUAAUGAGAGGAAUAGAUGUGAACAAUUUGGAUGCAUUCAUGUAUAUUCUCAUCGCUUAUUGCACUCAUAUUAACGAUAAGAACCGAAUUCUGUUACUAGACUUUGUCGACAGAUUCCGAUUACAACGCCUUUCGUGUUAUCUUACGGUUUACACCAAUGUCUUGAAUGACAACAUUUAAUGUG